UUCCGGCGCAGUUUGUUGCUAAUGCCUUUAUGCGCUUUGACCGUGGACCGCAAGGUUAGCAAUUUGUCCACUACGAGCUGCAAAACAGCACUAUGGAAGGAAUACAGGAAUCACGGCAAACAAAAAAGACAGAGAGCAAAGUAAAUUGCAAUACGUCUGUAAGGCCCCCCAAACAGAGGAGACGACGAGAAGUGAGGAGGUCACACCGACGACAGGAUGGUCAAGAGCAGCUAUUGAUGGAAAGUGAUCAGUGGCGGUCAUUGGACCAGCAUGAAUUUUCUGGACCCUCUGCAUCAACCGAUGAAGCAACCGAGAACUCCCCGAAAAGAUGGGACAGAUGCAGACGAGCACACUUUCUACAUGGGCCAUAUCCUGCCACUCACUUCGGGCCAAAAGCCUGUAUUCUCCCCAAUCCAACUUCAGUCAUGCACAUCCAGGAUCCAGCCAGUCAGAGACUGACCUGGAGCAAGCCACCAGUCAAUGUGCUAGUCAUCAGGAAAAUCAGGGAUGAAGGCCUUUUGGAGCCCUUUAAAGAACUCUGUCGAUUUCUGGUGGAGGAGAAGCAGCUGAUGGUUUAUGUGGAGAAGAAGGUUGUUGACGAUGGCAUGCUUACGCAAGACGACAGCUUCUCUGCCAUCCGCAACCAACUUUGCACAUUCAGAGAGGGCUAUGACGACAUUUCAGACUGUAUAGAUCUCAUUAUCUGCCUGGGUGGAGAUGGAACGUUACUGUAUGCUUCCUCCUUGUUUCAGGGCAGUGUUCCUCCAGUCAUGGCGUUCCAUCUUGGCUCUUUGGGUUUCCUCACGCCCUUCAAAUUUGAGUCUUACAAGACAGAGGUGGAUAAAGUAUUUGAAGGAAAUGCGGCCAUCACCCUGCGUAGUCGCCUUAAGGUGAAGGUUGUGAAAGACCUGGUCCAGAGGUCGGAGCAGUGCUUCGGUCCGCAGGAGAACGGCAGUGCUCCGCGCAGUCACGUCAACAGCGAGGCCGGCAAGGCCACUCUCCAGUUACAGGUGCUUAAUGAGGUGGUGGUGGACAGAGGCCCUUCCUCUUACUUAUCCAAUGUUGAUCUUUACCUCGAUGGCCGUCUUAUCACCUCUGUGCAGGGAGACGGUGUUAUAGUCUCCACUCCCACAGGGAGUACAGCGUAUGCCGCAGCCGCGGGGGCCUCCAUGAUCCAUCCAAACGUCCCUGCCAUCAUGGUCACUCCCAUCUGCCCCCACUCCCUGUCCUUCAGACCCAUAGUGGUGCCUGCUGGAGUGGAACUCAUGAUCACGCUGUCCCCAGAUGCACGAAACACAGCUUGGGUGUCGUUUGAUGGCCGAAAAAGGCAAGAGAUCCAGCACGGAGACAGUAUUAAAAUCACAACCUCCUGUUAUCCUGUCCCAUCGAUCUGCUGCCAUGAUCUGGUGUAUGACUGGUUUGAGAGCCUGGCCCAGUGCCUGCACUGGAACGUACGGAAAAAGCAGACGCGGCUGACAGACGUCUCCGACUCCUCGGAUAACGAAAACUGAGAACCACCUGCUCGAACACGUCCGUUUCUUUUUAUUUUAAUUGUCAGCAAAAGCAUUUCAAAGCAUUCCACAACAUUUCAAAACUUCGGUUACCCCUUCACCACUUUGGACCACUAUUGCAUUAAAUUGUCAUACAGUUGUGCUACUCACUGAAACAGAGGGGAGACUGUGGGGAGCAUGGUAUCAAAAUGCAGUGGAGGCAGUGAUGUCCAUUUAUGUCCAAUCAGUUCAAUGCUUACAUGAUGUUGGGAGUUUGCACCCCUCAGUGGUGAGAGAGAGUACUGCAUCCAAACUCUCCAUAUCCCAGUAUCUCACCUCAACUGUGCUGCAUUGUUCAAAAUGUUUCAUGUCUGUUCACUGAUGGGAGCUGAACAAAAGAGGCUGUAUUUUACCAUCCUUCAAGAUUUACCAUGAUGCAUACGCGUCACAGUUCAAAUCUAGAAAGAAGGUGACGCUGGCAAGAUCCACUUCGCUUGAGAGAUGUCAAAGAGCUCAGUUACACACACA